AUGGACAACUUGGAUGACUCCGAGAACAAUGCUAAGAUAUCCGAUUCCGCAUAUUCCAACAGCUGCAGUAACAGUCAGUCGAGGAGAAGCCACAGCUCCAAAUCUACACAUUCUGGAAGCAAUUCAAGUGGAAGCAGUGGUUAUGGCGGCAAGCCAUCGACUUCCGGCUACAGCAAUAACUUAAGUCAGCCACCGGAAAAAUGGAUUAAAGAAAAGGAAUCAAAAAAGAAAAAGCCUGUACAGGUAGAAUUGAAACCAUCUGAAGAGAAAAUAGAAGAAUGUCCACAAGAACUCACACCUGUGUGUGAGGCGCCUAAAGAAGAAGCUAAAGAUGUUAACCGCACCCCGACUCCAUCUUUGGUGCAAACCGAAAAGGGUCCGGAGAACAUGGAAAUAACAACGUUAAAAAGAACCGAUGAAAAAGAUGAGUCUGUUUCGUCCAACGCGCCUAUGGUGACAUCGCUGAAUUUAGUCACGGGUCGUUCAAAUUCUCCGUCUUGUCCUGAAAGCUUCUCCUGCGUCAUAUCAAUGCAAGAUGGUGUGGUCAUGUUCACAACGUCCUCCAUAGUUACUGCUCUUGGCUUUCCAAAGGACAUGUGGAUUGGCAGAUCAUUUAUAGAUUUCGUUCAUCCAAGGGAUCGGAACACCUUUGCAUCGCAGAUCACUAGUGGUCUAGCUGUGCCUAAAAAUGUUAAUGGUACGCAAGAGAAAGCUCCUGUUCCAGGAAACCACGUUUCUACGAUGGUAUGUCGCAUACGGCGUUACAGAGGUCUCAAUCUUGGUUUCGGUAUUAAAGAGAAAACCGUUUCAUUUAUGCCGUUCCUGCUAAAGUUCUUCUUCAAAAACAUCAACGAUGAAGAUGGCCAGGUUAUAUACUUGGUUAUACAGGCGACACCAUUUUUUUCCGCUUUUAAAACUUCGGCAGAGAUAAUUCACAAUGCAAUACCAUUCGUGAUAAGGCACUCUGCUACGGGAAGUUUAGAAUACAUAGACCAUGAAUCGGUGCCUUACCUUGGCUACUUGCCACAGGAUAUUGUUGAGAAGGACGCCUUACAAUUGUAUCAUCCAGGCGAUCUUGGUUAUCUGAGACAGAUUUACGAGACGAUUGUAAAGGAAGGCGGAGUUCAACGGUCGAAGCCUUACAGAAUGAUGGCUCAGAACGGGGAUUAUCUGAAACUAGAGACGGAAUGGUCGUCAUUCAUAAAUCCUUGGUCAAAGAAACUAGAAUUUGUUAUUGGUAAACACUACAUCGUUGAGGGUCCAUCGAAUCCAGACGUUUUCCAAGUGCCUGAUCCUGAAAAAACUCUUAAAUUUACCGAUGAAGAGAAGGCAAAAGCUGCUGCACUAAGGGAAAAAAUUACUAGAGUUAUGACCGAGGUCCUUACAAAACCAGCUGAAAUAGCUAAACAGCAGAUGAGCAAAAGAUGCCAGGAUCUGGCUUCGUUCAUGGAGAGUCUGAUGGAGGAGACUCCUAAGAUAGAAGAAGAACUACGUCUUGAAAUACAGGAUCAAGAUCAUAGUUAUUAUGAACGUGAUUCUGUAAUGCUCGGUGGUAUUUCACCACACCACGACCAUAGCGACAGCAAGUCAGGCACCGACACACCAGUCAGUUACAACCAACUGAAUUACAACGAAACUCUUCAAAGAUAUUUUGAUAGUCACGAACCAUACAGCUUCGAAGAUUAUUAUUUAAUGGAUAGCGAAAAUAAGAUCCAAAUGAAAGAAAACGAAGAAAGUUCAGUGAGCAAAUGUAUAUCUCCGAUGGCACAAGCUUCGACGGAGUGUGAUAGGACCAGUUCAUCCGAAUGCAGUGGUGUUGGAAUAGGAAACUCUUGUCCUUGUGACUACCAGCCAAUGCGAUUGACGGAAUCAUUACUUAACAAGCACAAUGCAGAAAUGGAAAGAGAACUAAUAAAAAUGUAUCGUGAAAAUCGUUCAAGUAAAGGAGAUAGAGAGAAAGCCUCAAAUGAAACGAGACAAAAGAAGAAACAACAUUUAGCAAGAUGUAAUGCGGCUUUUCAACCAACUUCUUUGGGACUGUCUGACCCUCAGCCCCACGGAGUGAAGCGUCCCUCGAAGCAGGCUGAGGAAGCCAGCGCCCACAAACACAGAUGUUCGUCGCCUCGUCCGAUCCGACAAGCAGCAGUACCAAACAACCAGCCAGUAGCAAUCAGCUCAGUUGUGACUAAUAUGUGGCCUACCACUGCAGCUAACACCAUGAACACAUGUCACCUCCAAGGAUUGGGGAUGCCGCCACAAGUUUCGUUCAUGACACCAAUGGCUAUGCCGGGUCAAUACCCGAUGUGCUAUAUUCCAGUACCCGUACAACCUAUACAGACGCCGUCAGAUUCAUUCCAAAAUACAAAUACAAAUAACAAUUAUCCGUACCAACCUCAACCGAUGCCAUACAUGAUGUAUGGUCAUGCGAUGUACGGAUCUCCAUUUAUGUAUCCGUCUGUGGACCCGAGGUCGUACGUGCCUCAAACCACGGCCGGGCAUAAUAUACCACCCUUCGGACUGUCCAGUAGUAACUACCAAGAAGCUUGUAAACUAACUGUGCCAUUGAAGACAUCUAAAGCGAGUCGCAUCACAAGGGAGAAUAACAAUCAAGCACUAAGAAGAGACGGCGUCAAUUAUUCAGCUGGCACAUCGAAUCGGAAUACAGAAGUGAAUAACGAUAAGGACAACCGUAAGCCUCGUGCCACAAACAGUAGUCGCACAGUUGAGAAAACUGACGAAGAAUCAAGUUUCUCGUCGUUUUAUUCAUCCUUCUUUAAAACAGAAUCUGGUAGUGCUGAAGAUAGCGAUGCCAAAAAGAGUUGGCACAAAAAUCAGAAGGGCGAUGAUCUUAUGUCAUUGCAAAGUUCUACAGAGGCCGUCACAUAUACACCAAACAAGGGCCAGGUACAACAGAAAAAGGUUGAUCCGUCGUGGGUUGAAGAAGUUUGCGUAACAUCAGAACUAAUUUACAAAUAUCAGAUCCGGACGAAGAGUUUAGAGGAAGUACUUUCGGAGGAUAAAAAGAAACUGGAAACUUUGGAACAGCCUCUACUUGUGAGUCAACAACUGGGUCAAUUGUACUUGGAUCUGCAACUUCAAGGAGUUGCUGCCAGAUUGACUUUAGAAGAAGGAAUCACCAGUUCUAGCAGUUCGGGUGAAGAGAAUUCUUCGAUGUCAUCUAAAAAGAUACGUCGUAGGAAGCGGGAAUACAGCAAAUUAGUGAUGAUAUAUGAAGAGGACGCUCCUCUACCACCUCCAGAGAACGUUGCCGGUAAACAGCGACACGGCGCUACCUGCGCAAGAGUCGCAUUCCGUCACCCACGUUCACGAUUGGCCGUUGAGCCUGUGAAGGCUUCGAAACAGUUUUUAGAAGUCGCUUUAGAAAUCACGAAAAUGUUUCGACUCGCUUGCUUCUUGGCUUCGAUGAGCUUGGCGUCAUCACAGUUGACAAUCGACGGUAUCAGGUGUGGUCAGCUGACCUGCACGUUGGAGGAGUACUGCUCCCCAGAGACUAACAGAUGUGCUCCCUGCAGCAUCGUCUGUAACAAUACCCAUCACAACUACGACUCUGGCCUCUGUAUCAAGGAGUGCCAAGGUUACCUUUUGGACUUGAGGUACAUGCGAAGGUCUGAAUAUGCCGAUCCUCCAUCCAAUAUUACUAGUGUUCAGCGUCAAGCUCAGACAGCACUGAUUGUGAGUAUUGUCGCCCUCGCUGUGUUGAUACUCAUUCUUAUCAUCGUGUGUCGUGGCAAAGUCUCGUGGCAAUACAUCAUGAAAAAAUUGCAGCCUUCGAAGAAUCGUGUGAAGCAUUAUCCAACCGAUCUAACUCAUCAUAAUCCCCACGCCGAAAUGCCAAAACCGAAGCCUGAACUGAAGCUUGAGAUAAGAAAUCCGGAACCCCCGAAGCGAAACCCACAACCACUCAAUGCCAGAGAUUUAGACGCUAGAACACAGACUGAUAAAAGUCAAGGAGCAACCACACCGAAGACGAUUAGCACUGCUAUUAGCAAUAGACAUCCUGCUGAAGAUACUACUCUUGAUUUCUCUUAUGACAACAUGGGCAUGAAUGUCACACCACCAGAACAAGCAACUAGUCAUAGGUUCUGA